AUGGACCACAACUACUGGAACGUCGACGACUUUCUCGCCGACUCGCAAAAGCUACCAUGCACCUUCAACGUCGACGUGCCCAACAUGGGUCAGAUCCAAUCCAACGAGGAACGCGACAUCAAAGCCCUCUCCCGCGUCGAGCUUCCCUUCUGGCUAGCCGAGCUCAUGGCGCUCAACAACAUCGUGUCGAUCAACAAGCCCAAGUCCUUCUCCACCCGAGUCAAGGCGGCGCUCGACGCGACACCGACCUCGGUCCAAUUGCGACAUCAGAACAUCCACUGGUACGCACUCGGUGCGCGGCUCGCCCAACUCAUGGAUGACGACGACACAGAGAUGCAAGUGCUCUCCAAAGCAUAUAUUGGGAGGAUAGCACAGAUCUUUCAGCAGUCACAGCAUCUUUCGUCACUCUCGUCGGGGACGACAACAGCAGCAGCGGACGGAGAUCAGAGAGGAUUCGCUUCAGCACAGGCGAUUGCGGCGAUGGUUUCUGAUGGACCGACGUUGGGCAUGAGCGCGGGUAACGCGAUGAGCGCCGAGAUCACCGAGUUUCUGCAGGGCAUGGAGGAGUCCGAGCGGGUGCUGCUCAGGAAUGGACAGGAUGGCGCGAGGAUGAUGAAGGACUUCCUGGCCGGCAACCAUUGA